AUGCAUGUACAUGCAGCCCUGGGCGCUUCCUCAUGGCUCGAGAUGUGCACCGGCACGUCGGCAGCCUCCUUCCAGUCCAACUGGCCCUGGUUUAUGCUUCAUCUGGUCCUCUACGCCGGCCAACUCGCAGGGUUCGUCUUGAUCGUCCUGCACGAGACGGUGCCGCACACAGGGCCGGUCCGCGGCCUCGGCCUCGUUGCCGCAAUGGCCUGCAUCUCCGCCUGCUUUGGCUUCUCGACAGCCAUGCCCAUCGUGUCCCUCUGGCUCCUGCACCGCCGCCCGGCCCAGAGCGUGGCCGCAGGACGAGCGCGGAAAUUGGCCCUGCGAACCGCCUUCUGGCUCACGGGCGUCACACACGUCGGUGCCUUCCUGGUGGCCUUUGCAGCAACCGCCGUGUCUCCGGACCGGGGGCCGUUCCAUCUCAUGAACAGUCUGCUCGGGGUGCCCGACUGCUCCAUGUCGCAGCUCGCGUGUGCGCCGGCGGCGCAGGGACAGGCCCGCGUGCGGCAGGUGAAUGAAAUGACGGGCACGUCGAGCGGGUUCUUCCUGGCCAUGGGGCUCUUUUGCCAAGCGCUCGCGGCGGCCGGGAGGCGCAUGGGCUGGAAGCUGCUGGUCAGGAUGUUUCUUGUCAGUCUGGUCGUGGGCCCGGCCGCGGGCGCUGCCGACGCGCUGGUGCUGAGGGAUGCGUUCAUCGGGCUCAGAGACGGCACGAGGGACCACAGGGAGACGAGGAAAUCCGAGUAG